AUGCUGGUUUUUCGGACUGUUCCUCAGAAGUCGGCAGUGUUCACACCAGAAGUGGUGUCGGGGGGUAGGUAUUGUGGCAGGAGGAGGCUGGGCAGGCAGGGGUGGGGUCUCCUGCCUCCUCCUCCCCCUCAGAGAAGGCUUCCUUUACUCUUAUGUUUUGGGUUUUGUAAAGGAUAUCAUCUGGGUGUGUUUGUUUUAUUUUGCAUUUUGCUUAAAAACAUAAAGUUGAAAAGCCACUGCAUUAAACUAGUUCCUUCCGCUGGUAAGAAAAGUGAGGCUCAAGCCUUCUUGGAAGCUGCCUUCUGCUCCAACAGCACUGAAGCCCUCAUCGGGUCGGAGCCCAGCAGCGGCCCUGGGCUCGCAGUAAAGGCUGAUGUGACCGUGAGGCCAGCCCAGGGUGGGGGCCCAGCCCAGGGUGGGGGCCCAGCCGUCCGAGUGGGCAUCCAGAGGACUCUGGUCGACCACCCGGGGUGCCCGCCAGCACGGUGCUCCACCACGGGUGGUGCUGGGCUCAGUGCAAGGCCCCAGGCAGCGCCAGACAAGCCACCCAGCCAGGGAGCACUGCAGCUGCAAGCCAGUCAUCCCAGAGGAGAGGAAAUCCCUCUUUCCCAGAGGUGCGGGCCAAAGCCCCUUGCGGUGUCUGAUUGGCCAGGCUGA